AUGAUAGCUUACACUUGCGUCGUAUCUGUGCACGCUGGAACUGCCCCUGAGGACGCUAACGCGCACCAUGUUUAUGACAAGAAUGGGCGACUUGCGUCUUUCGUGAACCCACACGCUUCCAUUCCCAUUGUGAAGCCAAGCUUUGCUGCAUCUCGGGAAGGCGGAGCUUGUCUCCGCACCACUUGGCUUGGCCAUGCAUCGUAUCUGGUAGAGUUCCCUUCGGGGUUCCGAGCAAUAUUCGACCCUGUGUUCGAGGAGCGUUACAGUGCAAUCAGACCCAAACGUUUCACGCCCGCUGCCUGCAGUACAGCUGAUAUUCCAGAGCUCGACGCGGUCUUCAUCAGCCACAAUCAUCACGACCAUCUCUCUCUGCCAAGCCUGAAGGAUUUAAGUGAAAGGUUCCCCCACCUCCAUAUCUUUGUCGGCCGUGGCCUGGCCAAGUGGUUUCGUGAUAGCGGAUUCACGUCCGUCACUGAGCUGGACUGGUGGGACGAUGCCGAGGUGGUCUUGCAAAGGCUCCCGAAGCCUGGAGCAAGCGAUAACGGCAAGAAUUCCAUCGGCACGCCUGAGCAGAUUACAGCCCGCAUUUCCUGCCUACCUAGCCAGCACGGCUCUCUGAGAUCUGGCUUUGACUAUGGCCAUACCCUUUGGGCAUCCUGGGGAGUCAGCUCAGGUGGAAAAUCUGUAUGGUUCGCCGGCGAUACGGGCUAUCGCUGGGUGCCCGAAGGUAUUGAGGAAUUAGGACCAGGAUUCGACGAUCUUCCCCGGAAUCCACAGUUCGCGCAAAUUGGUGAGCUUCGAGGGCCAUUUGACGUAGGGCUAAUUCCUAGUGGGGCAUAUCACCCACGGUUCAUGUACAGUGGAGUUCAUGCUAGUCCUUACGAUGCUGUUGAGAUAUUUCAGGACACUAGGUGCAGGAAAGCUCUGGCAAUGCACUGGGGAACUUUUGCUUUGACCAGUGAGCUGGUGGAGGAGCCCCCUGAGAAGCUGAGAGAGGCUUUGAAGAUCAAAGGAUUGGACGAGAUCGGACUGUUCGACGUCUGUGCUGUCGGGGAGAGUCGUAGCUUCUGA